AUGCCCUCCGGGAUGUGCCCGGCGAGCUCGUUGUGCGCGACGUCGAGCUGCUCCAGCGCGUGCAUCCCUGCCAUGGACUCCGGCAGCGUGCCCUGGAGCUGGUUAAAGCUCACGUCCAGCACGGUGAGCUCGCGCAGCCACCCGAUCUCCGGCGGGAUGCAGGACCGGAUGCCGGAGUUGAGCAUGACGAGCUCGUUGAGCGUGCCCCCCAUGCGCCCCACGCUGGCGGGGAUGCAGCCACGGAGGCGGAGGUUGGCGAGCACGAUGACCGAGGCGGGGGAGUUGCCAAAGUUUUCCGGCAGCUCGAAGUCGAAGUUGUUGUCGUUGAUGAAGAGCGCGUCGAUCUUCUUGUCGAAGAUGGCCGGGGGCACGGGGCCGCACAGGUUGUUGAACCUGAUGUCCACGUACUUGACGUUGGGGAGGCAGAGGAUGUGCUGCGGGAAGCCGCCGGAGAGGCGGUUGUUGCUGACGUCGAGCUCGUGGAGGAGGGAGAGCUUGGGGAGGGAGUCCGGGAGCCCCCCGGCGAAGCGGUUGGAGUUGAGGUGGAGGACGGCGAGGUCAGUGAGGUGGCCGAGCUCGAACGGCAGCGUGCCGGCGAGGUCGCCGUGA